GCGGGCCAGACCGACCUCGACAUCGCCACCGCCGCCAAGUACCCAGCGGCGGGCCCGCGAGGCCGGCCCCAGGGUUGCACCGCCAGGGGAGAUGUCGUGCUGAAUUCUGCCAUCGCCGACUUCGCUUCGGUCAGCUGGCUCGGGGACACCCCGCGCCCGCGAACGCCAUCGUUCCCCAUCGUCCUCAUCUCCGGUUGCCGUGAUGGUCCCGACGCCGACUGCGGUUGCACCUUCAUGCACAUCGACUGGGCCUCGGUCACAGGUCUCACCGAACGCCUCGUCGCCCUCACCUUCGGCUGCUGCGACGGCGCUGACGCCGACCACGGUUGCGCCCUCUUGAAUUUCGACUGGGCCUACGUCGCAGAUCAGCUUACCGACGACGAGCCGGGCGAGCUGGCUGGCGACUUGCCGCCCUUGCUGAAAGUUUGCGCCAUCAGUUUUGCAGUUUUGUCCCGGGCCAGGCUCAUCACCAUCCUGGAAUCCCCGGGCGCGGCGUCGGCGGGAG